AUGCUCUUCUUAUCUCAGACUACAGUUGGGAUCCUGGGGAAUUUCUCUCUUCUUCACCAUUAUGUCUUCCUGCACUUCACUGGGGGAAGGUUAAGGUCCACAGACUUGAUUCUCACACACCUGACUGUGGCCAACUCCUUGGUCAUUCUCUCUAAAGGAAUUCCCCAGACUCUGACAGCGUUUGGAUGGGAGGAUUUUCUCAAUGAUUUCGGAUGCAAGCUCCUUUUCUUUGUUCAAAGGGUGUCCAGGGGUGUGACCAUCAGCAGCACCUGCCUCCUGAGUAUGUUCCAGGCCAUCACCAUCAACCCCAGUAACUCCAGGUGGGCGGAGCUGAAGCUGAAAGCUCCCAAGUACAUUGGUCCCUGCAAUAUCCUCUGCUGGGUCCUGAACAUGCUGGUAAAUAUCAUAGCUCCUGUCUAUAUGAUUGGAAAUUGGGGCAAUAAAACCCUCACAAAGAAAAAAGAUUUAGGAUACUGUUCUUCAGUAGUUCAAGACAUAACCACACGCUCACUGCAAGUAGUAUUACUUUCCUUCCCUGAUGUUGUGUGUUUGGGGCUCAUGAUGUGGGGCAGUGGCUGCAUGGUUCUCAUCCUGUACAGACACAAGCAGCGGGUCCGGCACAUUCAUAGGAACAGUAUCUCUGCCAGAUCCUCCCCUGAGUCCAGAGCCACCCAGAGCAUCCUUGUCCUGGUGAGCACCUUCGUGGGGUUUUAUACCCUCUCCUCCAUUCUGAACGGUUUUCUGACUCUUCUCCAUUCUCCAACUUGGUGGCUGGUGAAUAUCACUGCACUGUCUGCUGUGUGUUUCCCGACAAUCAGCCCCUUUGUUCUUCUGAGCCAUGACUCCAGGGUCUCCAGGAUCUGCUGUGUGUGUGCUGGAGACAAGACACAAUUCUCUCAUCUCAUCAAAAAGAUAUAA